ACACCAAAAAACAAAAAACAUAGAAAUAAAUAAAUAAAAACAAUAGCAAUAUCCAAAGCAACUCAUCAGCACACUCACUCUGCAACAAGCAUGCAGACGCCAACCAUGUCGACGUCCAUGGCCACGCCGGCGAAGCUCCCCUCACCGCCGUCGCUGCCGAUAGCGAGGCAAUGCUGCUGCCACCUGCUGCAGCUAGGGCGGCGCGGCGGCGCGGGCGUGGCGCGGGCGUCGGCGAAGAAGAAGAACCCGUGGCUGGACCCGUUCGACGACGGGCCCGACGACGAGUUCGACUACCGCGGCGCGUUCUCGGGGGGGAAGCAGGAGGAGGACCCGCGGCCGCCGGAGGACCCGGCGAACCCGUACGGGUUCCUGCGGUUCCCGGCGGGGUACAACCCGGAGCUGGAUAGCCUGGCAUCCAAGGUGCGGCGCGACGUGCGGCGGGCGUGCUGCGUGGUGUCCGGCGGGGUGUACGAGAACGUGCUCUUCUUCCCGGUGGUGCAGCUGCUGCGGGACAGGUACCCCGGGGUGGUGGUGGACGUGGUGGCGUCGGCGAGGGGGAAGCAGGUGUACGAGAUGUGCAAGAACGUCAGGUACGCCGACGUCUACGACCCCGACGACGACUGGCCCGAGCCCGCCGAGUACACCCACCAGCUCGGCGUGCUCAAGAACAGGUACUAUGAUCUGAUCAUAUCGACCAAGUUGGCCGGGAUAGGGCACGCGCUCUUCCUCUUCAUGUCGUCGGCCCGCGACAAGGUCGGCUAUGUUUACCCCAACGUCAACAGCGCCGGCGCCGGGCUGUUCCUCACCGAGAUGUUCCGGCCGCCGACCACCAACCUCGCCGACAGCGGCUACAACAUGUAUCAGGACAUGUUGGAGUGGAUUGGGCGGCCAGCGAAGGGUGUGCCGGAGCACCCGGUACCGCCGUUGCGGGUGUCCAUCUCCAAGAAGCUCCGAGCGUUCGUGGAGGACAAAUAUAGCCGUGCCGGCGUCGAGAAGGGCAAGUUCGUCGUCGUCCACGGCAUCGCCUCCGACUCCUUCGCCAACAUGAGGUCGAGGGGGGACGAUGACUGCCUCCUCCCUCUCGAGCAUUGGGCUGAGAUCGCCAAGGAGAUCAGCUCUGAAGACAAUGGUCUGAAGCCUCUGUUUGUGAUCCCUCAUCAGAAGCACAGGGAAGAGGUUGAGGAGACUGUGGGGAAGGACACCAAUAUCCUGUUCAUCACCACUCCUGGCCAACUCACCUGCCUCAUCAACGACUCCGUCGGCGUCGUCGCGACCAACACCGCCGCCGUCCAGCUCGCCAACGCCAGGGACAAGCCAUGCGUGGCUCUCUUCUCAUCCAAGGAGAAGGCGAGGCUGUUCCUGCCGUACUUGGAGGAGAAGAAGGGCUGCACCGUCGUCGCGUCGGAGACCGGGAAGCUGAUCGACAUCGACGUCGAGGCCGUCAAGAAGGCGGUGAAGGAGUUCAAGGCCGCCCCAAGCGUUGCAUUGGCUCAAACAUGAUGAAGACCAUCAUCUUCUUGUUGCACUGUACAUAGAUCUGCACGGUUACAGUGAGCUCGCCUGAGCAAGUGAGCAGCAAAAGCUCCUUGCCUGGCUCUGAUUCAAUGUGUCUUGUAGUCGUUCAGUUCAGCUACAAAUGUUCCACAUACAACCGCAUGAAAUGCCCAAACUCACCUUGUCUACUGCUCACCGAGCAGACAAGCGAUGCAGCCUGUGUUACUCUGUUUAUAGAAUGGAAAUGGCAUACACCUUGCACGUUUUUAUGAUA